CCGGAAGUUAGUUGGCGGGGGGAGAGAGAAACGAAGUAAAAAAAAAAACAGAAAAGAAGCGGAAAGGUGGGAUGAGAACAAGCAUUGAAGAAAAUCUCUCGUACCCUCCCCUCCCACUCUCCCCUCUCGCCGGUGGGGCCAUCGGUCUAUCGACGAGAUGGCGGCCCUCAGGCUCAUUGUAUGGUGAUGAGCCCUUCAUUCCCGAUAUUGCUAGGAUGUCAAAUUCACGGAGGGAGGCCUUGGGGGAUCUCCUUAUAAUAUGUGGCCUUGCUGCAGUGCAAGCCACCAAUGCCACCUACGUUGUGUUGUUGACCCCCAUCCUCUCCCUUGGAGUCAAGCCUUCAUUUCUCAUCACCUUUGGAAGCCUGGCCACCUCUCUUUUCAUCCUUCCAUUUGCAAUUGCAUAUGAGCAGAAAAAAUGGCCAUCGAGAUUAACUUCCACCUUGGUUGCCCAGGUCGUUUUGAUUGCGUUGGGAGGGGUGACCGCAUUUCAAGCUCUCAUGAUGCUAGGAAUAAAAAAGACAUCUCCAGCUGUUGCCUCCGCAAUGCCUAACCUUGCCCCAGGCAUCAUAUUCAUCAUUGCAGCCAGUCUUGGAUUUGAAAAAGUUGACAUGAAGUGCUUGUACAGUAGAGCUAAGAUUCUAGGAACCUUAAUAUGUUUAUGUGGGGCCAUGGUCAUGGGCUUCUUGCAAAGCCCUUCAACCCCGCCCGUGCGUACAUCUGAAAGGUCAUCUCCUUCGGACAUCGGUUUGUAUGAGAAUGAACAUGCCAAGGACUCACAUGAGAACUAUCAUGGGGAUUGGAUUAUAGGUUUUAUGUGUCUCUUGGCUGCAGUUUUGGUGGUUUCCUGUACCACUAUUUUGCAGGCUGCGACGAUGGUUCACUUCCCUGCACCUUUUACAUUAUGCGUCGUAACCUCUCUAAUAGGAGCAAUUAUUACGGCAAUUGUGCAAAUAAUAACUGAAGGGAAGCUAGAGAUGGGCCCUUCAACGAUCAGCUUUACAAGCGUCAUGGCUAUUGUGCUAUUGGGAGCCAUUGUUGGUUCUAUUUGCAUCUCAUUUCAAACAUGGGCAGUUAAGAAGAAGGGACCAGUGAUGGUAUCCAUGUUUAGCCCUGUUUCAACUGUGUGCUCUGCAAUUCUUUCAGCAAUAAUCCUAGGACAGGUGAUCAAGUUGGGAAGUUUAGCUGGAAUGAUGGCUAUAUUUUUCGGCCUUUAUAUGGUAUUGUGGGCGAAAAACAAAGAAGGCUUGACUUUCUCUAAUAUGGCUCAUGAAACGUCAUCGAUGCGGUCGGUUGAUGAUAUUGAGAGGACACUUUUAUCCUAAAGUUUACAUUCUUUAUCACAUAUUUGCGAUGAUGAUUUUGUUCAGAGAAAGAUAUUGUACAGGAAAUAGCAAUUUGGAAAGGGGAUGGCCUUUGGGUUUACACUUUUAUUGUAUUUCAGUUAACAUGUUUUCGAAUGUAAAAGUUUUGUAUGUCCAUGAAUUUGUCAUCUGUGCUGUAAUGUAGAAGUUUAUUAAAUAAGUAUGACUUUAUGAAUUAUGCAUGUAUAGUUUAAUGAAAUAUUUUUUAAAAUA